GAUUAUUAUUUUGGCUGAUUCCAGUAUUUUCAAGGCGGCAUUUAUUUAAAUAUAGGCCAACAAAAUAGAUAAUGGAUCUGUAUGUAUCCAUCGGAAUGUUAUUCCUGGCAUUCCUGGAUAGGGCUUUGAGACACCAUAGACCUUUAGACCUAGAGGCUAGCUAGCUAGCUAAUCCUUUCAUAAUAAUGUCUUAUAAUACUUCCUGGAAAUAACUAGGCUAUGUAAGUUGUAUUAUUAUAGGGAAAUAGAGACAAAGUUUGAUUGUUGUAUUGUAUAUGGCUUUGACUCAUGACCGCCGUAAUUUUUUUAAACCUGGCUACCGCUCCAAUAUUCCACUUGUGUUGGUCAACUUCUGUAGCUAGUCCAAGUGGUUGACUUUCUCAGAGACGAUCUUUGGCAGCCGGUCCUUGUCACCGCGGUGCAUUAUGGUCCUGUACAAGAGGACUCUUGCCUGUCCUCUUGUUUGCUAGUUGCUUCCAUCCUGCUAACUUACACAACAGUGUUUUUGGGACAACAACAGAGCCUACUGUGUUGGUUGAGGAAAGUCUGUAGUUAGCGGCAGGUAACUGACCUGUGUUACUUGUGUCUUCGUUUACUGUCACACAUUUUAAAUGGAUAAUUAACUUAGAACACGGGCUAUUCCUGAUACUAGCAGUUGAGAUAACUAAGUUAGCAUUACUAACAUGCAGAGCUGCACAGCACUCUUGAAAACACUCACUGAAGAAAAUUAGCUAAAACAACAUGCAGUAUGACUAGCAGUACUGGAGGCUACGUUAACCAAUAUUUUAUCACCACUUUCAUCUUUUUACGACACACUGCAUUCCCUUCUUUCUUUGCUUAUGUAGACUGUGUGUGGAGAUGAAACUACACAGUGUGAUGCUGAUUGGCUAUAUGAACUGCACUAGGAUGUAUCUGCCAUUCGGUGGGAACUUUUAUCCAAAGCGCCUUUUUAGUUCUGUUAGUUCUUUUUCCUCAAGAAUGGGUGGGACUCAAACCCGUAUCCUUUGUGGUGCUCGUACAGUACUCUAUCCACUGAAGUACACUGUGCCACUUGGAAACAGAGAACUGGGAUUGUACCGCAGGUGUUACAGUGGUGUUGGUUCAAGUGCACUCUGCAGUCAAACACUGCCGGUGUCCAGAUGUCAACCCAGAAGAUCUCAGUCUGCUGCGGUGAGAAAGGAGAACCUGCUACAAGGAGGUGCAACAUGGCCUGUGUCAUUUAUCCGCCACAGAGUGACAGACGUUUCCAGUGUGCCUCCGGCUUUUGUAGUGAUGAGUUUUGACCAAGAGGGAAAUGUGACAUCAUUUGAGAAGAAGAAAACAGAGCUUUGCCAGGAGCUAAGUCUUCAGGCCAGAGACCUUCGCUUCCAGCACAGUACCAGCCUCAUAGCUCGAAACAACUGCAUUAUCAUACGGAUGGAGACUUUGAAAGCCAUCGUGACUCCGCAGUCCCUGUUGGUGUUGGAUUUUCGCGGGUUUGGAUUGGAACGUUGGUUGGUACUAGAACUGGCGCCUCAGAUAGCAUCACAGUCACACGCUCUGCCCUUCGAGUUCAGAGCACUGGAGGCCAUCCUGCAGCACAAGGUCAACACUCUACAAGCUCGGCUGAAUGAUGUUGAACCAGUAAUGUUGGACACAUUGGAAUCCCUGGUGGAUCCUAAAAUCCUUUCCGUUGAUAGAAGUAAACUACAUAUACUGCUGCAGAACAGCAAGAGCUUAUCAGAGUUGGAGACGGACAUUAAAGUUUUUAAAGAUACCUUGCUGAAGAUUUUGGAUGAGGACGAGAUCAUUGAAGAACUCUGUCUGACCAAGUGGACAGACCCAAGAGUUUUUGAGGAGAGCAGUUUAGGUAUUGACCACGCUGAGGAGAUGGAACUUUUAUUGGAGAAUUACUUGAUGCAGGCCGAGGAGCUGGGGAACAAGACCAGAGAGCUGAAAGGGCUGAUAGACGACUCCGAGAGUGUUAUCUUUAUCAAUCUGGACAGCCAUCGUAACGUGAUGAUGCGCCUGAAUCUGCAACUGGCGAUGGGUUCCUUCUCCCUUUCCUUAUUUGGUCUGAUAGGGGUGGCCUUUGGAAUGAAUUUGACAUCGUCCUUUGAAGAGGAUCCUCGUAUUUUCUGGCUGGUAACAGGCUUCAUGUUCUUGGGCAGCGGGCUGAUAUGGAGAAGACUGCUGUCAUUUCUGGGACGACAUCUAGAGCCUUCAGUACCCCCUCUAAUCCCUCAAGUUUGGAAGAGAAAUAUGAAAGCAUCAGACAUCAAGGCGGGAGUCAGAUGAUGUUCUACCACCGCUCUGUAAAAUGCCACAGACCUCCUACAGACUGUGCUGCUUCAGAGGCGAUUGCUUUACCAACUUGGACCUCCUGAAUUCUCUACAAGGGCUGGACAUAUUCAUUUAGUAACACACCUCAUUGUUUUACACAGACCCAUGCAUACAGCAGAGGUUAAGACUGCAUCCAACUGCCUGUAGACGUCAGUGUGUUAUGUGUGCUUCUGUGUCCCCAUCAUUAAAUUUCUCGUACUAUGUCGGGGUUAUUUCAGAUACUUGAUUAGAUGUCACCUAAUCAUAUCUGCAUGUACAGUAUGUGGAUAAAACACGUGGGGGUAUUGCUCUGUCAGUGGUUUUAGAGCAGUGCGUGGUUGUUUGGGCGAGUGGCAGCAAUUGGAACUGAAAUGGAUAAAAACCUAACUAAUAUGAUAACCUCCUUAAAUAGGUGAAAAUGUGUGUUGAAAUGAUUUGAAUCUUAUUUUUGAAAUGAAUGUGAACAAAAUGUCUAUUUAAAGGUUCACAGUGUUAUUUACUCUAUGCUCAUUAUGUAAGUAACAAUGUGCCUUUAUUAAGUUGAGUGGUUACAGCGUGCAACAGUGUAACAUCAGUUGGACAAUAAAGACUUCCAGAAACAUUUAUGACAUCAUCAUACAGAUUCUAAUCUGAUAUCUGAUGUGAUUGGCAACAUAGUCUGGCUUACCGGAUGUACAUUGCUGGGAUAAAGCCUGAUAUCACACGCUGGAUGUCCCUCUCCUUCCACAAUUUCUGCUAUCUAUUUUGCAAGGGCACUGUCGCUGCAUCUACGGUUUAGUGGCACAAGUCAGAGUGUUUUUUAUCCCUAUCCCCGAAUACUGUAGAUCAGCGGUGUAGCCAGACCAUACUCCAGCACUGACACAGCCCAUUGCCAGACUAUUGUAAACAUAAUUGGUUAAAAGCAGUCACACAUGGGACACAUUUUCAGGCAUUUCAUCAAAUAUUCUUCAGUCUUUAAAAAAAACUAUUUGCCAUUAUAUUUUUGUAUUGUGUCUCACUUUGUAACUGUAAGUAAGUCUCAAAAUGGUUGCCCAGAAAUUAAAGGGUCAUGAGAAACUUUCAAGAGUA